GGAAGUACUGGUAUACUGCCUAGUGACGCGCGGCGUUCCGGAAGUCGCUGGGGCCGAAAGCCAGCGGGCAAUGGAGGCGGGACUUAGAGGGGCGGGGCUGAGGCCUGGGACCCGGGAUCUGGAGCGGCCGAACGUCGACUUGACCCCGGAAGUAAGCUGAAGGACCGUGGUGGGUGGCGAGCUGCAGGCUGCGGCGGAGUCUCAGAUAGCAGCAGCGGCGGCUAUGUUUCACUUCUUCCGAAAGCCUGCAGAAUCCAAAAAGCCCUCUGGGCCAGAACCGGAAGCAGAUGGAUUUGUCCUCUUAGGAGAUACAGCAAAUGAAAUGAGAUGUAAAAGUUCUGAAGCAGAAGGCAGCCAGGCUUUGGAGACCGGCAAAGAAAACACAUCCAGCGUGACUGUAUCAGGCCCCGAGACAGAGAAUCAGACAGGCCAGACUCUGGAAAACAACUCACUAACAGCUGAGCUCCUGAGCGAUGUGCCCUUCACCCUGGCCCCACAUGUGCUGGCGGCACAGGGCACCAUCAGCGACCUUCCUGACCACGUACUCUCAUACGAUGUCGGCGACAACUUGUCCCGAUUCUGCAUGACUACUUUGUGUCUGGGAAAAGUACCAUCCUCAUCACCGUGUUCCAUCAGCUGGAGGAGUUCCCGUCCAUCUUCCUGGGGUUGACUGUUGAGUGCUUGUCGUGACUGGAAAUGUGAACGUGAGCAUAACGACUGCACUUAAGAUGCUGUGCUUUUCAAGUUCUUCCAACUCUUGUUACCUUUUUUUCCUCUGUUGGUUUUCUUGCUCGGGCUUUUUCUAGUAAUACAGCUUGAGGCUGAUUGCUUUUCUUAUGCAUCUUCUUAAUGUGUCAGCUGUACGCUCAUUCUGGUGUUUGCAUGAUGCACAGUGAAUGUUUCCCUCUUAAUUUGGGUGUUUUUAUUUUUAAGUGAUGAUAAUCUAUAUAAGUGUUUCCCAAACUUUGCUAGGCAUCAGAGUCACCUGAAAAGCUUGUUAAGAAAUUGGGAGUCCUAGGAUCCAUGUCUCUCACAUGUACAUAUGGAACAAAUUCAAGUCAGUACAUAAGGAACACACAAACAUCCAGGUGAUGCUGCAUUGAUGCUGAUAUUCAGGUCCAGAGACCACACCCUGAUUCACUGACCUAUACAGCACAAAAUCAUGAAGUAACUGUUUAAUCCCCUGUGCAGGAGAGAAAAAAAUUACCAUCUAUAAAUUUCCAGAAUUUAGCCACAAAAUAAAAAUAACAGAAAGAAUGUGGAUAUUUUGUUUAAAUUUUAAGGUAAAAGAGUUUUUCCCUUAUAAUUAUUUUCUUCAACGGAGAUAAUUUUCACAGAACACAAGUAAAGUUAAAACUGAUAAAGAAGGGAAAGCUAUUGGUUAAUUCUACCAGGGUAUGUAACAAGGUUAAUUAUGUAUGUACAUCUUGACGAUCCCCUUGCUGGGUGAGCCACCUCCAGAAAUACUUGCCAUAGAACUGAAAUAGAAAUGAUUACAUGAGUAAAUUAUCACCCACACUCCUUGCAGGCACCAUUUCAUACCACAAGCCUUUUCUCUCUUCAGGGAAUAAUGGUUUUACAUUUUACUUGUGACGGCACUCUAAUUGCCAAAUAUAAUAGGGGCAUUAUACUGAAAAGUUAAAAGAUUCCAAGUGAGAAGAUAAGUCAAAUAUAGUAAUCUCAUCCACCAGUGAAUCUUUAAAGCAUGCUCCUAUCUUCUUCCUCCCACCGCCACCCCCCCAAUCCUAAGCAUGCACGCGAUCGCAGAAAUGGAAUAGCACAGUCGAGAAAAAAUAACAAGUAUUCUAACAUUCUACUAGCUGUUGAUUCUAGCUAUGACCCGUUGUCCAAAUUUGGCCAAGUGCUUAUUUUUAGAAAUAAAAUUUUAUUGGAAAAUAGCAAUGCCUCUUUGUUUGGCUGCUGUUACCAAUGCCAGACCAACCAUGUGGUCUAAAGCCAAAAACAUUACUCACUAUUGACAAAAAAAAAAAUGUUAUUGACCCAGUCCACCUAUUCACUUAAGUGAGAAAUCUGUCCUGAGGAUUGAAGGCUUCUCAAAGAAACACAUUCCAACAGAGGCAGCAUGAAAAGGCCUCGACUUUACUAACUCCUGCCCCAACCAAAGCAUCAGGACUUUAGAGAAGAACGUUGGUAUAAGCUUGCAUCUCAUUACAGUUUUCAAAGACCCCUUUCAAAUGGCACAGGCACCGUUGAGUAAGUAAUAAAACAGAAGUUUGCUUUGAUGUUAGUCCAAAAUGUAUAGAUGACAUAUUUCCACACACCUAUGAAGUAUACCAGUAGCCCAAGACUGGGGGCUGUUUCUAUACUAAGUCCAUGGAUGAAAGAAUUAAUGGAUUUUUUUCUUUUAGAAAAUAUACUAGCAUUACAUCAGGCUGUAUUUUCUGAUGUGCAGAGCCUACAAAAUAAAUCAUGAUUGGUGGCAUGAAUUCUGAUUUUUCUCAAGCUAAAGUCACAAAACUGUCAAAAGCAUGUGUGACUGAGCAUGUGUCUGUAAGUUUAUGUACAUUUACAUUUUAUAUCCCUGUUUAAAAUAAAAUUAUAUAAUAUUGGUAGCUG